AUGACAAACAAUACUAACUUAUCAUCUUAUAAACUAGCGAAACCAAAUGAAAACGAGGAUGAUAUUGCAAUUAUUGGAAUUGGAUUCAGAUUACCAUCAGGAGAUUUAAGUAAAUCAAAUGAUUCAACAAAAGAAUUAUGGAAUAAUUUAAUGAAUGGAUUUGAUGGUGUUGUUAAAACCACUGAAAGAUGGAGCGAUAAUUUUAAUGAAUUGGGUGAAAUUUCAAAUGGAAAUGCAGGUUUACUACCACUUGAUGAAUGGAAAUCAUUUGAUCCAUUAUUUUUUGGUAUUAAUCCAUCUGAAGUAUCAACUAUUGAUCCACAACAAAGAUUAUUAUUAAAAUGUACAUGGGAAGCAUUAGAAGAUUCAAAUAUUGAUCCAAUCAAAAUUCGUGGUUCAAAAACAUCAGUUUUCAUUGGUUGUACAUCAGUUGAUUAUAAAGAUAUUAGCAAAAAUCCAAAUUCAACACAAACAAACGUUUUUGGAUCGGCAUUAAGUACCAUUGCAAAUCGUAUAUCACAUUGUUUUGAUUUCUCUGGUGAAUCAAUAACUAUAGAUACUGCAUGUUCAUCAUCAUUAAAUGCAAUAAGAUUAGGCUAUCAAUCAAUUAAAAGUGGUUUCUCAAAUUUAUCAAUUGUUGGAGGUGUAAAUUCAUUAUUUGAAACAAAUUCAUCAAAAUCUUUUUCAUAUUUGAAUAUGUUAAGUAAAAGUCAAGGCAAAUGUAUGACAUUUGAUGAAAGUGCAGAUGGAUUCGUUAGAGGAGAAGGUGUUGCGUUAUUAGUUUUAAAGAGUUUAAAACAAUCAGUUGCAGAUGGUAAUAACAUUUAUUGUGUUAUUAAAGGUGCAAGUUCAAAUGUUGAUGGUAACGGUUUAAAAGAUAAACAAAACUUUUAUUCACCAUCAUCAAUAUCACAAGCUGAUAAUGUUAAUAAUGCAUUUUCAUCAACCAAUGGAACUGUGAAACUUGAAGAUAUAGUUUAUAUUGAAGCACAUGGUACCGGUACACCAACUGGUGAUCCAGUUGAAUUGGAUGGAAUGUCAAGAGUUUUUAAAACACAUUCUUCAAAUAAUUCCACCUUAAGUCAACAACCAUUAUUAAUUGGAUCAAUUAAAAGUUCAAUUGGUCAUUUAGAAGCAGCUUCAGGUUCUGCAUCAUUGGUUAAAUGUUGUUUAAUGUUUAAAAACAAAUAUCUAACACCAAAUAUUAAUUUUAAAAAUCCAAAUCCAUCAAUUAAAUUUGACGAAUGGAAUUUAAAAGUUGUUACAGAACCUAUCCAUUUCAAAGAUCUCCAAAAAACUGAUAAUUUUUCAAUGAUUUUAAAUAAUUUUGGUAUUACCGGCUCAAAUUGUUGCUUAAUUUUAUCAGAAUACAAAGGUAACAAUAAAAACAACAACAACAAAAACAGUUGCACACAUAGUGAAGAUUUAAAAAAUUUACAAACUCAAAAACAGUAUUUAGUACCAUUUUCUGCAAAUUCAGUACAAUCAUUAAAACAGUAUGAAUCGGUGGUUAAUGAUUAUUUGUUUAAAAAAUCAAAUGAUUUUAAAGAGUUUGUUAAACAACAAAUUUUUAGUAAAUCAAGUUCACUUUACCAACGUUGUGUAGUUACUGCUUCAAAUUGGAAUGAAUUUAGUGAAAAUAUUGAAUCAACAAAUAAAAUUCAAACAUCUAAUACACAAUCAUCAAAUAUGUCAAAAGUUCAAAAUAAUCCAAUUACUGUAUUUGUGUUUGCGGGUCAAGGUUCACAAUAUAAUACAAUGUCAUUGGAAUUGUAUAAUAAUGAACCAAUUUUCAAAAAAUCAAUGGAUUUAUUAGAUGAUGAACUAUUAAAGUAUUAUGAAUAUUCAGUUUUAAAUAAAUUUAGAUCAAUUAUAGAUGAUGGAGAUAGAAGUAUUCAACAUCCAACAAUUGCACAACCAAUAGUUUGUAUGUUAACGAUAUCAUUAUUCGAAUUAUAUAAACAUUGGGGUAUUGAAGCAUCAUUUAUAGUUGGUCAUAGUUUAGGUGAAAUUCCAGCAGCCUAUUGCUCAGGUAUGAUUACAUUGGAUACUUUAUGUUAUUUAAUUUAUCAUAGAUCAUUAGCACAAAUUGAAACACAUUGUAAUGGUGGUAGAAUGUUAUCAAUUGGUAUUAGUUCUGAAGAUUAUUUAUCAUCAAAUUAUUCAACUAAAUACCCAGAUAUUGAAAUUGCAUGUUACAAUUCACCAAAUUCAAUUGUAUUGGGAGGUAAUGAACAACAAUUAAAUCAAAUAUCAAAUGAAUUAAAAGAUAAAGGAAUUUUCUCAACAAUGUUAGCUUCAUUAUCAUCUUUCCAUACUUCAAAUCAAAAGAUUACAAAAGAUCAAAUCUUAAAUUUAAACAUUAAUCAUCAAUCACCAACAAUACCAAUUUUUUCAACAGUAACAACAAAUUUAUACGAAUCUUCAACAACACCAUUCAACUCCGAAUAUGUUUAUAAUAACAUAAUAAAACCAGUUAAAUUUUCCCAAACAAUUUCAAAUUUAUAUAAACAUAUUGAAAUAAAUAAAUUAGGAAAUGAAAUUGUAUUCAUUGAAUUAGCACCACAUCCAACAUUACAGUUUUAUUUAAAACAAAUGAUACCUGUAUCAUCUUUGUCAACUACUGAAGAAACUAAUUUCAAAGUUUCAAUAUAUUCAGCACUUCAUAAGAAAAAGAAUGAUAUUCAAGAGAUUCAAAAAACAAUUGCUAAACUUUAUUGUGAUAAUCGAUAUAACAUCAAUUUUAAAUCACAAUUCAAAGAUGAGCAAAUAAUUAAUAAUAAUAAUAAUCAAGAAAUAAUAUUACCAAAUUAUCAAUGGGAUGAUAAAAAAUAUUGGAAAGAAGAUUUAGUUCAACAAAAACACAAAUUUCAAGGACCUCCAAUUGACCAACUUGGUUUUUCAUUAAUUGAAAGUUCACCAAAUGUUAAAUCAUAUCAAACAUUUAUUGAUAUUAGUAAGAAACCAUUCAAAUAUCUUAAAGGUCAUAUUGUGAAUGGUAAAUACUAUUUCCCAGGUUGUGGUUAUAUUGAUAAUCUAUUGAAAUUAUAUCCAUCACAAGAUUUGACUAUUGGUUCAAUGGAAUUUAAAUCACCAUUAAUUUUAAUAGAUGGUAUUAAUCAAUGUUUACAAACAAAUAUAUUUCAAACUGGUAAAACUGAAUUUAAAGUACAAUUCCAUUUUAAAGAUAAUAAAUCAAAUGAAUGGGUACAAUCAUCAAAUGGUAAUUUCCAAUUAUUUACAAGUGGUAAUAAUGUAAAUAAAAAGUAUAAUAUUCAAGAAUUAAUUAAUAAUAAAUGUAAUUUAACAAAAUUAACAAAGAAUGAAUUAUAUCAAAAUAUUAAAUCAAAAACUGGAUUAUCAUACAAUGGUGAAUUUCAAACAGUUUCAGAGUGUUACUUAGGUGAUGAUUGUUCAUUAGCUGUUAUACCAAUUAAACCAUCAUCAUCAACUCUUUUCACACCAUCAGUAUUGGAUUCUUGUUUACAUAGUUCAGUUGGAUUAGUUGAUGAACAAUGUCAAUUAGUAUUUGAAAAAGUUGAAGGAUUUAAAUAUUAUUCAUCAAAUAUACCAUCAUUUUUAGAAUUAUCAUCUGAUAAAGAAAUUAAACUAUAUUCAUAUUCAUAUAGUUUUAAAAGAAUAGGAGAUUCAUUUUCAAGUUCAAUCAUAGUUAUGUUUGAAGAUGGUAGAAUUUUAAUUGAAAUGAAUAAAUUAGUAUGUAAAUCUUUAACAAUAAUUAAAGAUUCAUCAAUAAUACAACCACCAUUAAAUGAUUUAUAUUCAACAUAUAAUCAAUUAAUUGAUUCACCAAUACCAUCACCUUCAAAAUUCACUCAACAACUUGAUGAACCUGAUAGGAUGAAUGAAAAAGUUAAAAAUUAUGACAUUUCAAUUUUGAAAAAUUUCAUUUCAAAUCAAUUAUAUUCAAAUAUAGUUAAAAGAUGUCCACAACUUAAUAUAGAAAUAAUCAAAUCAAUGGAUAUAAUUCAAUUACUUGAAAAAUAUUUAAAUGAUGAUAAACAUUCAAAAUUAUUCAAAUCAAUUUUUGAAACCUUAAAAGAUAGUGUUAUUGAUGUUAAUAAUGUUGAUGAUCAUCAACAUUAUUAUAAUGAAAAUAAUAUAGAACAUUAUGAAAUAUUAUUAAAAUCAACAAAAAUCGUUGCAAAAUUGUUAUUUCCAUUGAUAGAUGACGAUCCUUCAAAUGAUACACCUCAAUCAUUAUUUGACAAUGGAAUGUUAGAUAAUUUCUAUUCAAAUUAUCAUAUUCUUAAAAUUCAUAAUCAAGUGAUUGCUAAUAUUAUAAGUGAAUCAAUUUUACCAAAUUUAAAUGAAAAGAUGGUAUUUAGAAUAUUAGAAUUUGGAGGUGGUGUAGCAUCAUUAUCAUUGAUUGUAUUAAAUAAAAUCAAUGAAUUAUUGAUAGAAUUUCCAAAUAGUGAAAUCGAUAUAGAAUAUACAUGGAGUGAUAUAUCACCAUCCUUCAUUCCAGAUGCCAAAUCCAAGUUUUCACAUAUAAAUCAAAAUAUUCAUAUCAUUUAUAAACCAUUAAAUCUUGAAAAGCAAUUAAUUACUGAACAAAUGUUAAAACCAUCAUAUUAUGAUUUUGUAAUAAUGUCAAAUGUAUUACAUGUAGUUAAACAAUUAAAACCACCAAUUAAUCAAAUUUAUGAAAUAUUAAAACCAAAUGGUCAACUUGUAUUUGUAGAACCAAUUUAUAAAUCAAUUUUAUUAGAUAAUAUAUUCGGUGUAUUCGAUCAAUGGUGGUGUUUUACAGAUUUAACUAUAAGAAAAGAUAGAUGUUGUAUGCCUAAAGAAUCUUGGAAUAAUUUAUUAUUAGAUUGUAGUUUUAAUGAAGUUAAAGUUAUAAUGUCAAUUGAAAUACCAAGUUUUUAUGUAAUACAUACUCAAAAGCCUUCAAUCUAUUCAAAUUUAAACAAUAUUGAAACAAUUACUCAAAUUAAUGAUGAUAAUAAUAAUAAUAUCAUUAUCUAUGGUGAUAAUGAAUUAUCAUUAUUUAAAGAGGUAUCAACAACAACAAUUUCAAAUGUUCAACAAUUUAAUGAAUUAAUUAAAAAAUCAAUUAUUACUGAUAAAUCAAUUGUUUAUUUUACAAAAGCAAUUAAUCAAUUAACAAUUGAUAAUUUCAAAUUUGUAACAUUAGAAUACAUUCAAAUUAAUCAAAUAUUAUUAUCAAAUAAUUUAAAAUGUAAAAAUGUUUUAAUUACAUUAAAUUCUGAUAAUAUUAAUUAUUUAUCAGCUUCGGUAAUUGGUGCAGCAAGAUAUUUUGAAGUAUUUCCUCAACUUAAUUUAUUCUCUUUGGAUUUUGAUCAAAAAUCAAUAAACAAUAAAGAAUUAAAUAAUACUAUUCAAUUAUUAUUAGAUUCAAAUAAAUUCAUUCAAAAAGAAUUUAAAAUUAGAGAUAACAAAGUUUAUUAUGAAAGAUAUAAGAGAAAUUCAAAUUUAAAUAAAACAUUUGUUAUAUCUGAAUCAUUUGUAAAUGAUAUCAAUCAAUUAUAUGCAAAACUAUCACCAAAUUUAGAGUUUAUUUUAGAUUCAAAGAAAUCAUUAAAAGAGAAUCAAUUAGAAGUUCAUGUUAAGGCAACUGGUAUAAAUUAUAAAGAUUAUUUACUUUAUUGUGGACUUUUACCACCUGAAAUGGUUAGUCAUAAUAAUGAUAUAAAUGAUCCAGAAUUUGGUUUGGAAUUUUCAGGUAUUGUUUCAGCCAUUGGUAGUAAUAUUAAUGAUUUCAAGAUAGGCGAUCAAAUUUAUGGUAUUGGUUAUGAUACAACUUCAACACAUAUCAUAGUUGAUUACAAUCAGAUUUACCAUAAACCAACUAAUAUUAAUCAUAUUGAGGCAGCGUCAAUACCAGGUGUUUAUUUAACAUCAUAUCAUUCAAUAUUUAAUGUUGGAAAUUUAAAAAUUAAAAGAAAUGAAUCAAUAUUAAUUCAUUCAGGUUCAGGUGGUAUAGGAUUAUCAGCAUUGAAUAUAUUGAAAUGGAAAGGUCAUAAAUCACAUAUAUUCGUUACUGUAGGUUCAAAAGAGAAAGAGCAAUACCUUAUCAAUACCUAUGGUGAUUUUAUAACUGGAAUUUAUUCAACAAUGAACAAAGACUAUUCAGAAGAGAUAAAGUUAAAAUUAAAACAAUUAAAAUCAGAUAAACAUGGUGUAGAUUUAAUAUUAAAUACUUUAUCAAGUGAUUAUAUGGAUUCAAAUUUCAAAUGUUUAAAUAUUGGUGGUAGAAUUGUAGAUUUAUCAAUCACUCAUUUAAAUCCAAAUGAAUAUAUAAAUAAUAAUAAUUUUAAAUAUAAUUUUGGCUAUCAUAAUGUUGAAUUAUUAUUUAUUGAAAAAACAUUAAUACAGAGAAUGUUAAAGAAAAUAACUAGAGCUAUUGAAAAUCAUGAAUUAAACUUAAUGCCAAUUACUGAAUUUUCAAAUUCAACAAUUAAAGUAGCAAUUGAAUAUAUUAAUAAACGUAAACAUAUUGGUAAAAUAGUUGUAAAUAAUGAUAUUAACAUUCUAAGUGAUUUAAUUGAUGUUCAUAAAAAUCAAAUUAAUUCAAAUUUUUCAAUUUUAAAAACAAAUUAUAAAAUUAAUAGUAAUAAUCAAGAUCAUUUAGGUUCAACAAUAUUAGUAACAGGUCAGUCUGGUAUUAUUUUAGAAAUUUUAAAAUGGAUUGUUAAAUUUUCAGAAAAUGUUAAAAAUAUUAUAGUUCUUUCAAAAUCAUCAAUGAAAUGGGGUUUAGAAUUAUUAAUAAAGAAGAAUAAACAUAUUAAUUUUCAUUUUAAGAGUGUUGAUGUUAGUAAUUCGAUUAGUGUUGAUAAUGCAAUUGAUCAAAUUUUAAAUGGAAAUUCAAAAACAAUAACAAAUAUAGAUUCAAUUUUUCAUUUUGCAUUUGAAUUUACAUUUUGUGGUGUAAAUGAAAUCGAUAUGAAAAGUUUAGAAAUUUCACAUGGUGCAAAAACAAUGGGUGCAAUUAAUUUACAUAAUCAAUCUAUAAAAAGAAAUUGGAAAUUAAAACAAUUUAUAUUAUCAUCAUCAGUUGCAUCAAUAAUUGGUUCAGUUGAUCAAUGUUCUUAUGUUUGUUCUAAUAGAGUAUUAGAUUCAUUAUCAAGAUAUAGGAAAUCAAUUGGUUUACCUUCAAUUUGUACAAAUUAUGGAUCUGUUCAAUCUGCAGGUUUAGUUUCAAGAAAUGAAUCAAUUGCACAGCUAUUAGAUGGCCAAGGUUUGUAUCCAUUACCUAUCAAUAUGAUAUUGGGUUUAUUAGAUUCACAAAUUCAAAAUGUUUUUCAAUCUACAAAUUUAAUAGUAUCACCAUUUAAUUUUAAAACUUUAUUUGAACAUUAUAAAAAACAUCCAAUGAUACAUAAAUUCGAUUUCAUUACAAAUCUAAUUGAAAAUAAUGAAUUAACAAAUAAUAAAAAAAUUGAAAAUGACACAAGUAUAGAUAGUUUAUUUUUAAAUAAACUAUCAGAACUAUUAUCUAUUGAAGUAUCAAAGAUUAAUCAAGAUUUAAGAUUACUUGAGUAUGGUGCAGACUCACUAUUAACAGUUCAAUUAAAAAAUUGGAUUGAUAAAGAAAUCUACUCUAGUUUAAUUACAAUUCAACAACUUCAAUCAAACACAAUAUCAUCAUCAAUUAAAUUAAUUACAAAUCAAUUAAAAUUAAAAAUUGGUGAUGGACAACAACAACAACAUCGACAAAAUAAAAAAAAUAAUAAUAUUCCUGAAAAUAAAACAAUAGAAUCUGAAGAAUUUUGGAAAAAUGAAAUUAAACUUGAUGAUGAUGAAUUUAAUUUAAUUUCAUCAAAUUCAAUAAGAAAUCAAAUAGAAAUUAAAGAAUUUAAAGAAAAUGAAUUAAGAAUAUUUUUAACAGGUAGUACAGGAUUUUUAGGUGCUUAUUUACUUUGGUAUUUAAUUCAAAUGGAAUGUUGUUCAGUAGUUUAUUGUUUAUUAAGAAAUAAAAGUAAAUCUAGUAAUCCAGUUGAUGAGAUUUUGAAUAAUUUAAAACAUCAUCAAUUAUAUUAUAAACAAUUAAAUGAAAAACAUCUUUCAAAAAUUAUACCAAUUGUUGGAGAUUUAACUAAAAAGAAGUUUGGUUUAUCUGAUUAUAAUUAUUCAUUAAUUUCAAACAAUACAAAUUUACUUUUAAAUAGUGGUGCUGAUAUUAAUCUAAGAGCAAAUUAUUACGAAUGUAAACAAGUAAAUGUUAAUAGUUUAAAAGAAAUUAUUAAACUUUCACUUUUUGGUAAACCAACACAACAACAACACCACCAACCAAAACCAAUACUUACAAUAUCAACAUUUUCAGUAUUUUACAAUCAAGAAUUUAAUGGAUCAAUUGCAACUCCAAAACUUGAAACAAUAAAUAAUUUACCAACAGGUUAUAUGCAAAGUAAAGUAAUUUCUGAAUUUUUAUUAACUGAAGCAUCAUCAAGAUUUAAAAUUCCAUCAAUUAUAUUUAGAGCUCCAAGUAUAUUUUCAAAUCCUGAUACUGGUAUUGGUCAUUAUGGUGAUAUCACUCAAUUGAUGCUUCAAUCAAGUUUUAAAUUAGGUUAUUUCCCAUCUGAUAAAGAAGUAGAUAUUAAUUUAUUAUGUUCACCUGUGAAUUGGGUAGCCGAUAAUAUAAUUAAAAUAAUGUUUAAUGAUAACUUUAAAGAUUCUUCAGAUUCUUCAUUAAAGAUCUAUAAUGUUUAUGGUGAAGUUAUUAAUUCUGUUAAAAUUCUCCAAGUAUUAAAAAAUGAAAAAGGUGGAAAUUGUAAAGAAGUUAAUUUUAAACAGUGGAAGCGUAUGGUGAUGGAUUCUAAUGAAAAAGUUUGUAUUAAAUUAAGAACUUUCCACACUUUAGACUUUGAUCAAAAAUACAAUUUUGAAAAAGCCUAUGGUAUCUCAAAAGAACAAAUAUCAUUCCUUCAAUCAAUUGGGUCAUAUGGUAAUGGUGGUGAAAAUAACCUGAUCCAAAUGAUAUUCAAUCAUAUCCUUGCCAAAUACUCAAAAUAA